GGUGAACAUGAAUCACAAGCGAGUGUUGAGGGCGCAAAUAUAGAAGAAAUGCUGAUAAGCAUGCUGGAUGAACGCGAUCGUUUGAUGGAAGGUCUCAGAGAUGCACAAAAUCAGCUGUCCGAUUCGCGAACGAGGCUGUCUGAAGUAGAAAGAGAACGCGACGUUCUUAACAACCAGCUGACGAGCUGCAUACCGCAGGACACAGCUGCACAGUCCUGUCCACAUAUAAUUGCUAGUAAUCGCAAAAAAAAGUAUACUCACUAA